CCCGAGCCGCUGCGGAGGUGGGAUUUCGGCUCUGAUGUCUCCGCCCCUUUUCGACUUCCAGGAUUAGAACUCGGCUGAGAGGCAGCAUGAAUGAAUCCCAAGGUGUGCUGCGCGCCCUUUUCAGGCUCUUUUCGAAAGAAGUGAAGCAGCAUGUGGGCACGGAUCAAUUCGGGAACAAAUACUAUUACAUCCCGGAGCGCAAGAACUGGCUGGGACAAACAAUGCGAGAAAGAAGACUCAUAGAAACAAGAAAUAUGAAAGAAGUAGACUACACAGAAGGGGAUAUUCCAACAGAAUGGGAAGCUUGGAUUAGGAAAACAAGAAAGAAUCCACCUACCAUUGAGGAAAUAAUGAAGAAUGAGCAAUAUAGAGAAGAUAUUAAAAUAAAAAUCAAAGAUGUUUCUGAAAAAGAAAAACUUCAAAUAGCAGACAACAAGGAGAUGCUUGUUGCUUCACCAGUUCAAAUUCAGAUUAAAGGACAUGCUUCAGCUCCUGACUUUGGAAAGAAUAACCCAUCAGAAGACCCCACUAGCACUGGUAAAGCCUUCCAGCCAGGAUCCUGGAUGCCUCGAGAAAGCAGUAACCAAAGUAAAUGAACACAUUUGCUGUGGGUAAAAUCUUUUCAAUUAAAUGGAUGUGAUUAUUUCAACAACUAAAAAUAAAAACAGAUGUAAAAAACUGA